AUGACACGGACACGCACGCGACGAAACACUCGGAUCAAGGCCCCUCUCGCGAUCGCCACGGCCGCGGCCCUCGGCGGCGGACUGGCCAUGACCGGCUGCACAUCGAGCCGCAGCACGGCGAUGCACAACGCGUCGUACGACAGCACACCGACGUACUCGAACGCCGCGAGCUUCAGCGAUCUCGCGAUCAGCGUCGAGAAGAAGGCGCCCGGCAAGGUCCGCGUCGGCGAGGCGUUCACCUACGAAAUCCGCGUGCGGAACAACACGGACGCGACGCUCCACAACGUCGUGAUCAACGAGCAGAUCGAGCGCGCCGGCUACGCCGUGCUCUCCUCGGCCCCCGACCGUGACGUCCCGAGCCGCGACUACGACACCACGAAGGCGGAUUACCCGCAAUGGAAGCGGGACCCCCCCGGGAACUCCUACGACGACCGCGACAUGACACGCGACUACUUGCCCGAUCGCCGCACCACCACCGCUUCGAACGCAACGACGGGCGAAGAGGCCAGGCGCGUACGCAUCGCCGACCUCGGCGCCCAGGGCGAGAACACCUGGCGCAUCGGCACCCUCGCGCCGGGCGAGUCCGAGGUGAUCACGGUGAAGGCCGUCGCGGCCGAGGCCGGGACCCUCGCGUCCUGCAUGACCGUGGACUACGACCCCAUCAUCUGCACGACCGUCGAGGCCGUGGAGCCGGAGCUCAAGAUCGAGCGUCUGCUCGCCGACGGCCAGUCGAGCGUGUACGCCUGCGACGACAUCAAGGUCACCUACCGGAUCACCAACGCUGGCGGCAUCGAGACGCGCCCGCUCACGCUCGAAGAGCCCCUCCCGCGUGCGAUCCGCACGUCGAACGGCUCGGGCCAGGUGGCGAUGAACUUCGACACGAUCCGCCCCGGCAAGGCCGUGACCAAGACCGUCACGCUCAGCGCCCAGGACGCCUACACCUUCCGCAACCGCGCCUUCAUCGAAACGGCCGACGGCGAGAAAAUCUACUCCAACUUCGGCGAGAUCGACAUCCUCGAUCCCGAGAUCAGCCUGAGCGUUGACGGCCCGAGCAGCGACUACAUGAACCGCACGAUCACCCACACCGUGACCGUGCGCAACACGAGCGAGGACCCCGCCAAGGACGUCAAGGUCACCGCCGACAUGCCCGCCGGGAUCAAAAACCUCGCCUUCUCGAGCCAGCGGCUCGAGCGUCGCGGCAACACCGUGACCAUCGGCGAUCUCGCGCCGGGUGAGGCCCGCUCCUUCAACUUCACCUUCGAGCCCAACAAGGUGGGCGACUACAGCUCCAGCUUCACCGCCACGGGCUACUGCGUCGACCAGCAGGUCAAGACCGUGAACACCGACGUGAAGGGAAUCCCCGCGAUCCGCAUCGAGGUCAUCGACAAGAACGACCCCGUGCGCGUCGGCGAGGAAGCGCACUACGAGGUCCGCGUGAAGAACCAGGGCUCCGCCAAGGGCCUGGACAUCAACCUCGUGGCGAUGAUCCCCGAGCAGAUGGAGUUCGUCCGAGCCGAGGGCGACCGCACCGCCGAGUACACGCGGAACAUGAUCACCUUCGAGCCGGUGCCCGAGCUCGCGCCGGGCGAUAUCGAGGUCUGGAACCUCUUCCUCAAGACGACGGACGAGGGCCGCGUGAAGUUCGAGGUCCGGCUCAAGAGCGACGUGAACACCACGGACGUGAUCGAGCAGGAGCCGACGACGAUCUUCAAAUAA